AUGGAGGUGCAGACCAUCUCCUUCAGCUCCUUGGGGGGUGUGGGGAGGCCCAGGUUGGGUCUGGAACAGGCCUCCUCCUGCUCCUCAGCCUCUCCGUCCCUCUGCGAUGUGAAGCAUCUGGACUGUGACGCCGCCUCGGCCGACGAGCGUAACAACGCGCUGCACCUGCACCACACCCUGGGCACGCUGGACGCGCUGGACGGUCUGGACACGCAGGACAUCUACAGCACCCUGGACACCGUGCGCCUCACCUGCCCGCCCGACUACACGCUGACGCUGCGCCGCGCUCCGGACGACGCCCCGCUGGUGACCACGCUCAACCCGGGGUCUCUGCCCGUCACGCCCGGCUCGCACCCUGUGACCCCGGCCACGCCCAUGACACCCAUGACCCCUGCGUCCGUGGUGGGCAUGAGGCACUACCCGCACCACCAGAGCCCCUACAGCAACACACACCUGCCACACACGCACAUGUCAGCGCACACGCACUCCACCACGCGCGUAUAA